AUGGUAAGCUUCAUAACUUUUACUUGUUUCUUGCACCUAACAAAGCCUUCAAACUUGAGGGAAGACACGUUGCUCCAAGGCCAUCAACUUGGAUCAACCAACCGUUUGAUUUCUCCUUCAGGUUUAUACACACUGCGUUUCUUUCAGCUUGAUGAUGGCUCUGACGCUAACAGCAAAUUCUACCUUGGCGUAUCAGCCAAUAAAUUCCACUACUACGUUUGGGUUGCCAACAGAGAUAAUCCAAUCCACGAUGACCCUGGAGUUCUCACUAUUGAUGAAUUUUCCAACCUGAAAAUUCUGUCUAGUACUACCACUAUGAUGCUAUAUUCAGUUGAAGCAGAAAAUACUAACAAAAGUGUUCGUGCCACUUUGCUAGACACAGGAAACUUUGUGCUUCAUGAGUUGAACCCAGAUGGAAUAUCUGUGAAGAGGGUGUUAUGGCAGAGUUUUGAUUACCCCACAGACACAAUUUUACCAGGGAUGAAGCUUGGCUAUGACAAGAACACUGGUCAUACUUGGUCUAUAACAGCAAGGAGAAGUUAUAGAACUCUUUGGUCAGGGUCUUUCUCUCUCAGCCUUGAUCCCAAAACUAACCAAUUGGUUAGUAGGUGGAGAGAGGCAAUCAUAUGGAGCAGUGGAGAAUGGAGAAAUGGAAGCUUUAGCAACUUGAACUCUUCAUCACUUUACAAGGAGAACUUCAAUUUCACUUUCUUUUCAAAUGAAAGUGUGACUUACUUUGAAUAUGCUUCAGUUUCUGGUUAUUUCACCAUGGAGCCAUUGGGUAGAUUGAAUGCUAGUGGUGCCGCUUACUCAUGCGUUGAUAUUGAGAUUGUCCCUGGUUGUACAAUGCCACGGCCUCCCAAAUGCAGGGAAGAUGAUGAUUUGUACUUGCCCAAUUGGAAUAGCUUAGGAGCAAUGUCAAGGAGAGGAUUCAUAUUUGAUGAAAGAGAGAACUUGACUAUUUCUGAUUGCUGGAUGAAGUGCUUGAAAAAUUGCUCAUGUGUGGCCUACACUUAUGCAAAGGAGGAUGCAACUGGCUGCGAGAUAUGGAGCAGAGACGACACAUCAUAUUUUGUUGAGACUAAUUCCGGUGUUGGUCGUCCAAUUUUCUUCUUUCAGACUGAAACCAAAGCUAAACACAAGAAGAGGAGAAUAUGGAUCGCAGUUGCUACGGUUGGAGUUCUUCUCCUCAUAAUCUCAUUCAUGACAUGCUUUAUUAUGUUGUGGAGAAAACAAAAAGAAAGAGUCGAAAAACGUAAGAAACGAGCAAGUCUCUUCUAUGACACUGAAAUUUCUGCUGCAUACGAUGAAGGAAGAGAACAAUGGAAUGAGAAGAGGACAGACUCCACCAAAAGAAAUGUGUUAGAAUGGAAGACAAGAUACAGGAUUAUCCAAGGAGUUGCGCAAGGGCUUGUAUAUUUACAUCAAUAUUCAAGAUUAAAAGUGAUACAUAGAGACUUGAAAGCUAGCAACAUUUUAUUGGACAAUGAGUUGAAUCCAAAGAUAUCAGAUUUUGGAAUGGCUCGAAUAUUUAAAUUGACACAAUCUGAAGAAAAAACAAAUAGGGUUGUUGGGACAUAUGGUUAUAUGUCUCCUGAGUACGCCAUGAGUGGAGUCAUCUCAACCAAAACUGAUGUAUAUAGUUUUGGCGUCUUACUUCUUGAGAUUGUAAGUGGAAAGAAAAACAAUUGUGAUGAUUAUCCACUCAAUCUUAUAGGAUAUGCAUGGAAAUUAUGGAAUCAAGGAGAAGCUCUAAAGCUAGUUGACACAAUGUUGAAUGGAUCAUGCCCCCACAUCCAAGUAAUACGAUGCAUUCAUAUAGGUCUCUUAUGCACUCAAGACCAAGCAAAGGACAGACCCACUAUGCUUGAUGUCAUUUCUUUUCUUUCAAAUGAAAAUACCCAAUUACCUCCACCUAUACAACCAUCACUUUAUACCAUCAAUGGAGUGAAGGAGGCAAAGCAGCAUAAAAGUUGUUCUAUCAAUGAGAUAACAAAUUCAAUGACAUCGGGUAGAUAAUUUAUUCAUAGGUGGCGCGGUUCAAAUUUCUCUGUAUAAUUUGAGUGACAUACAUGAGCAUUGCAAAAAUCUCGCCAAUAUAUUGACCUUUUGAUACAAUGCGAAAUUUAUUGGAAGGUUAGGCAUUAAAAUGAAAAUAAAAUAAACUCUUUCAUAUUGAUGA